UGACGUCACGUGUUGUGGCUUGAGAGGGAGUUCGUAUGCGUGUUGGUCUCCUCACAGACUACAAUAACGCACAUAAAGCGCUUUCUGAGCUCCGGACUUCGUGUUUUCAGGUUUUAUGAGACCAGAAGCAAGUGUUUAAUUUGAGGAACAUGCCUGAAAUCAAACUCAAGCGUGUCGUGUCGUGCAGCAGUGAGGACAAUACUCACAAAGCGGAUAACCUCUUGAGCUCCGACACGUACAGAAAAUGGAAAGCUGCGAGACCUGGAGAGAAGCACGUUUCAGUCAUUCUUCAGCUGGAAAAGGAAGAGCAAAUUCACAGCAUAGACAUUGGAAAUGAAGGCUCUGCUUUCAUUGAGGUCCUUGUUGGACACUCCACGUCAGUCAAAGACCAAGACUUUGAGGUUCUGCUGGUCACGUCGUCCUUCAUGUCGCCCACAGAGAGCCGUAACGGCACGAACACAAGCCGAGUGCGCUUCUUCGGGCCGAGCCAGCUGGUGAAGGCCACGGCGCAGGAGAAGUGGGACCGUGUGAAGAUGGUGUGCAGUCAGCCUUACAGCAAGUCCACAGCGUAUGGAGUCUCCUUCAUAAAGCUGCAGUCUCCUCCAGACGCUGACGAUGCUCCCGUCUCGACUCCUCCGAAACUCACUAAACUGGGUCAGUUCAGAGUCAAAGACGAAUCCCCUUCCUCUGGCUCUAAUAUCCAGCCGGGAAGCCUGUUCUUCAGCAGAGACGGUGGCACUGCUAAAACCAGCACGGGACUCAAGGUGUCUCCUCAGAACGUCAGAUUGAGUUACGCUGCUCUGAAAUCUGAAGGUUCGUCCACACCGUCGUCUUCCAGCAGCUCACAACAGGCUCCUGUGAAGAGGAAGUUUGAGUUCAGUAAAAAGCGUCUGGAAGCCGCCGGUCCGCCGCCCAAAAAGCCCAGUUCAUCUGGUUCUUCUGAGGCUAACUCUGCCACACCGAAGUCUAAAGCAAGAACCGGAGCAACUGCGAGUCCUGUCAGCAGCGCUUCUCCAGCCCAGAAGACAUCAGACAAGCGAGAGAGUCCUAAAUCCAAGCCAGAGCUCAAACCUAAACCUAAAGCCAAGUCUGCAGAACCGGUGCCUUUUAACCGCAUCAUGGAGGGAGUGGUGUUUGUCCUGAGCGGCUUCCAGAACCCCCUUCGCGGAGAGCUGCGGGACAAAGCGCUGGCCUUGGGAGCCCGAUACCGAGCCGACUGGACCCCAGACUCCACACACCUCAUCUGUGCUUUCGCCAACACGCCCAAAUACAGUCAGGUGAAAGCAGCCGGAGGCGUCAUCGUCAGGAAGGAGUGGGUGAUGGACUGCCACAAAACAAAGCAGAAGAUUUCCUUCAAACGGUAUCUCAUGAAUGGAGCCGAGUCCAGUUCGGAGAGUGAAGCAGAAGAGGAUGAGAGCGAGGAGGAGACGCAGAAAGCGAAAACACCAGAAAAGAGGCAGCUGACCCCAAAAAAGCAGGCGAUUAAGGAAGAAGAGGAGGAGUAUGGAGGUUCAACGGAUGCUGAAGAUCCAGAGGGCGACGCGUCUGGCAUGGACACUGAAGAUGAGCUGAACAGGGUGAAGAUGGAGAGCAGGAGGAAGAAAGCAGCAAAGAAAAGCACAGUUCAGGUGAAAGAUGAAGAUCUGUACGGCGGCUCUACUGAUGAGAACACGGAUGCUGAGGAAGAGGAGGAUAAACCCAUCCCUGAACUGCCAGACUUCCUAACAGGAAAACGCUUCUAUCUUUACGGCAAGUUCCCUGACAACCAGAAAAGGCAACUUCAGCGCUACAUCAUCGCCUUCAACGGAGCUGUCGAAGACUACAUGAGCGAGAAGGUCCAGUUUGUCGUGACCAGCGAGGGAUGGGACGAAUCGUUUGAGGAUGCCUUGAUGGAAAAUGGCAAUCUGAGCUUUGUGAAACCUACCUGGAUUUUCGCCAUCAAUGACAGGCAGAAGAUGCUACCGUACCAGCCCUACACUGUCGUCCCUUAAGAGCGUGUUUAAGUCGUUUUGCUCUGAGAACACAGCCAUCAAUCUCAGCCUUGACCUGAACAGAUCUUAGCCGUCUUAGAGGAAUAGUUCGACUUACGAAUUAAGCGUUUACUCGCCCUCAUGUCGUUCAAAACCUGUAUGACUUUCAGUAUUUUUGUUUUGCCGUUCUGUUAAACAUCUUUUGGGAUCCAUCAUACAGGUUUGGAGGGAUGCGCGAAUGAGUAAAUGAUGAAUUAGCAUUCCUGUUGUUAAACUUCAUUGGCCUGUAUCCAUCACAAGUCUUUGUUUUGAUGUUGAAAACCGGACUAAUGGCAGAUACCAACCCACCAACCCCGAGAUAAAAGACUGAUCCAUAUUCAUGACCUGUUUUACCAGCAAUCCAAAAGCUGUUUAAAUAUUAAUUACUAAAGACCUGAACCUGAGGUCCCUUUUGGAUCUGACUUAUGCAGAACAUACUCAUUUAAUAUGUAUGUUCACAUAUAUGGUCAAUUAUUGAUUUAGAUUUUCCAUAUUUACAUUUGCCGCCCUCAUUGCUUUGCUCAAGACAGAAGCGUUUUAGUAUCUCUAGGUGUGGCCUACAGAAUAUCACAAUAAUAUUGCUUUGGUUUUGAGCUUUUUGAAUAUUCAAACAACCAUAUUUAUGAAAAAAAGCACCUGAUAUAAAUACUGCUGUAAAAACAUUUUUUUUAGUUGUAUUUGUAGGAAAUUUAUGAUAGGUGAACUCGCAGUUUUAAUGUUUGAUGUUUACUUGUUUUUAACGUGUCUCAA